UUCCUAGUGGCGAGGGCGCCAUGGCGCUGCCCUGGUUGCAGCGCUUCGAACUCUUGCUAUUCACAGCUGCCUUCCUGUGCGGGGCCGUGGCGGCCGCGACGCUGACCCGGACCCAGGGUUCCUUCAGUAGCCACUGUCCCUUGUACGGCGUGGCCGCCCUCAAUGGCUCCUCCCUGGCUUUAUCCCAACCCUCGGCCCCAUCCCUCUGCUACUUUGUGGCCGGGGUCUCUGGCCUCCUGGCCCUCUACUGCCUCCUGCUCCUGCUCUGCUGGGUCUACAACUGCAUCGAGGACUCCCACAGAGGCCCUACAGGGCUCCGCAGCCUGGCCAUCUCUGCUAUAGCCACCUUCCUGGUCUUAGUGUCUGCCUGUAUCCUUCGAUUUGGCACCCGUUCUCUCUGCAAAUCCAUCGUCUCCCUGAACAUUACAAUUAGCUGCUCUGAAGCCCAGAAAAUUCCAUGGACACCCCCUGGAACCACUCUGAAGUUUUACUCCAGCCUAUACGUGCUGAAACCUCUUCUUGGGUGAAUCUGGUAUUGUGGUGUGUGGUCUUGAUGCUUCAGGUGGUGCAGUGGAAGUCUGAAGCCACACCUUAUCGGCCUCUGGAGCGGGGGGACCCCGAAUGGAGCUCUGAGACAGAUGUUCUUGUUGGGCCACGCCUUUCCCCUUCCUGAAGAGUAACCAGAAAAUCCUUCCUGCAGCCAAAGACUCCAUGCCCACGUGCCUACAGUCCUCUUGCCCCCACGUGGCCCUGUUUAUACUGGGAGCCUGUUUUUCCCUCCACGAGGGAAACGUGACAAUGGGCUCCCUCCACCUCUCUUCCUACAGCUGUUUUUGUACCAAAAUAUUAGAUUACUUUUUUCCUUCA